UACAAACCGUUGCUCUGUAGUAACGCGUGUCACUGUAAUACAUUUAUGUUCGCGCGAAAGUUUACUUUGUGAAACUCAAAAUGACAUCUAAUACAUAUCUAAAGUGUAGUUAAUGUGACUUAUUAUGCAAAUAAAUACUCCUAAGACCAGGUUUUAGUUGGAUUUUAUCAGUGGAACGUAUUUAACUAUUUCAUCGCGUGUGUAACGGUUAACUUGAAGAUAAGAAGUUUCAAAGUAAAUAAAAACAAAAAAUGUGUAAGAAGAUGGGAGCUUAGGAUUUGUUAUUUGACAAAAAGUGACUAGAAAGUUUUUGCUGUAUCAACAUGGAGUUCUACCGGUUGCUUUCACCGUUUACUUUGCUGCUGUUUUGCGCAGUGUGUUCUGCGCUGCCGGAGGACGAGCAGCAUGACGCGCACGAGGGCGACGACGUAACGCUACAGUGUCGCUUCAGCCUGCCGCCCGGCCCCGACUCCCUCACCUACUACUGGGUGCGCAACACCGCCAGCGGGCACGACAACGUCGCCAUCGGCAACAUACCGCUAGAGACUAACUACCAAAUAAAAUACGCGCCGUCUGAGGGUCGUUUCGAUCUUCUGGUAUCCAACGUGACGUACGAGCGUGACAAUGGGCGGUUCGAGUGUCGGGUGAAGGCGGGCGGAUCAGGACGCACGCUUCAUGCGCAGGGGCACGCGCUCACAGUGCUUACGCCACCGCAGCCGCCGCGCCUUACUCCCGGACCUAGGGCCCUCGCUCACGAAGAGCAGGAGCUCAGGCUGCAGUGCUCUAGCUCCGGCGGCUCCCCUGAACCCUCAAUCAAAUGGUACCGCGAGGGAUCGCCCAGCGUGCUGGAGGCGUCGCUCGAGCACGGGCGCACGCGCGCCGAGCCAUCCGUAGCCACGCUGGUGUUGACACCGCGCAGAGAGGACGAUGGAGCCGUCUUCCGCUGUGUGGUAUGGAACCGCGCCAUGGCUGCAGGUGGACAAUACAACGCGACGGUUCAGCUUAGUGUCAAUUAUUUUCCAAGAGUAGAAAUUGGGCCAGAAAAUCCUCUCCGCAUAGAAGUAGACGGCACCGCUACAAUGGAUUGCAAAGUUGACGCCAAACCAAAAGUGACCAGCGUGCGGUGGACCAGGAACGGGAAGUACAUCUCCAACUCCUUCACUCACACGAUUCAAGGAGUGGUAGUGCAAGACGCCGGCCAGUACACUUGCUCGGCGGACAACGGACUCGGCCGGCCCGGCGAGAACGAAAUAACCCUGGACGUGCUCUUUCCACCCACCGUCACCAUCGAUUCCAAAACAUACGAAGCGGAGGAGGGCGGUAAUGUUGAAAUACACUGUGAAGUCUCCGCAAAUCCGGAACCUACUUCCAUAGAGUGGACCAUGGAGGGGAAACCCGAGUUCAGACAGAAGGGGAAAACGCUCACACUCACCAGAGUAGAUGCAGACGUAGCCGGAACGUACACUUGCCGAGCUGUCAAUAUAAUUUCGACCAGCAACGGGAAUCGCGCGGAGAGAGCGAGCAGCGCUUCCGUGGCGGUGCUGGUGCGACACAAGCCGGGGCGCGCGCACAUCACACCGGAGCGGCCGGUGGCUCAGGAGGGCGCCGGCGUCACCCUCACGUGCAGCGCCCGGCCGCCCGGCUGGCCCGCGCCACAGUACCGCUGGUUCAGAGACAUCGACACCUCCGACGCUAACCCCAUAGUCCUGGCCACGGGGGUCACCUACAACAUACCGAACGCUCACCUCGGCAGCGAGGGCGUCUACCACUGUCAAGCGACCAACGAACUAGGACACGGCGAGCUGGCAUCGGUCACUUUAGAAGUUCACCAACCUCCGCGAUUUCAGUCCAAGCUUCAGCCGCACACGACCAAACGUUCGCGCGAACAAAACUUCUCCUUAUCUUGUAGCGCAUUCGGCAAGCCGCUGCCGAACGUAAAGUGGUACAAGAACAAUUCGGAGAUCAAACCCGAUGUAAACCUGUACGAGGUGAAGACUGACGUGACAGAGGGUCGCGACUCGGUGUACAACGUGCAGAGCACGCUGCGUUUCUACGGCAAGGCCCGACCCAACGGCAACGACCUCAUACCCGAGGACCGGGGCUCGUACACCUGCGCCGUAGAGAAUGAAGUCAAGAAGAUCGAGUCCUCUAUGCAUCUUAGAAUAGAGCAUGAACCGAUUUCGAUCAGACAACAGAAGAAGGUCGCAUUCGAUGUGAUGGAGCCAGCAGAGAUAUCUUGCAGGGUGCAGGCUUAUCCUAAACCCGACUUCCUAUGGUUCUACGGCUCCAGUAACUCCCCAUUAUCAUCAUCGGAUCACUAUGACAUCACGACAGUCACCGAGGACAACGAUUCGUACUUAAGUACAUUAAAAUUAAGAAACGUGAAGCCUCAAGACUACGGCGACUACUACUGCACUGUUAAAAAUUCACUCGGAAGCAUUCGACCUCAGAUACGAUUGCAGCCGAAAGGGGCCCCGGAAUCACCCCGAGGGUUGACCAGUCAAAAGAUUGGGUCGACCUUCGUCACCUUGAAGUGGGAGUCGGGCUUCGACGGCGGCCUCUCCAACAUCUACUACGUGUGGUACAGGAGAGUGGCGAGAGGCGCAGGCUCCGUGGAGCAGUGCGCCGGCAACCGCAAUGACGUCAACGAAUGGAAGGAGUACGACUGUAUGCGGGCAAAUCCCUGCAACGUCACGAGAUUGGACCAGCACAAUACUUAUUCUUUCAAGGUGAAAGCAGUAAACACGAAGGGUCAGAGCAACUAUUCCAACGAGAUAACGGUGACGACGAAAGUAAACAAGAUCCUGCCUCCGGAGCAGCUGACGUACGACCCGAGCACACGCGCCGUGGUGUUCAGCGUGGGCCCCACGUGUCUGGGCCUCGUCGCCGUUGCUGAGGGUCUCGGCAGGUCCGGAGGAUGGCAGGUUGUGGAAACGAUCCCUCUAAGCGUGUCCGGGGUGAGCAGCAGUGUGCAGCGCGGCACGCUGGCGGGCGCGGGGCCUCCCGGCCUCGGCCUCGGCCCCGCCGCCUCCGCCCCCGCCAUGGACGACCUCAACCCCCGUCUGCGUCUGCGCCUCUGUCUGCUGCACAAGCAGGACGUCUGCAGCGAAUACGUUGAAGCUGACAUCGGUCCAGCGUACAUCAAAGAAGCAUCGGCCCUAACCACGGCAACAUUGAUCGCGAUCGUCGUCUCCGUGAUCGUUUUUGUUCUCUUCCUGUGUCUUCUGUUCAUCUUCUGCCGCUGCAAACGUACAGAGAAGAAAAAGAAGGACUAUGAAAUGGCCUCAAUAGGCCACGGUAUGUCGCUCACGUCGCCCAAGAAUCAGGCGCCGCCGCCCUACAUGGAGUACCCCAACGCGGGUAUGGAGAACAAAGCUCUGGAACAUUCCAUGGACCUUACUAUGGACGACUCCAAGAAUGCUGUAUACGCCACACAGGCCGCGUACGGGUACCACAUCGCACCGCACACCACACCCACACAUGUCGGACAGAACAUGUCUAAUUUGGACUGGGUCAACACGGGCUACAUGGACAAAGGCUACGCGAACAGCAACAACGGAGGUAGCGUCAACUCGCAGGACUCGCUGUGGCAAAUGAAGAUGGCGGCCGCCAACAACCCCGGCAUGAUGAUGUUGGAGCGCACCAGCAACUACGGCUACGAUCCCAUGCACGCCGGCUACGGCACCAUCGACGAUUAUGCGGCGUACCAGCCGCUUCCUCACCCCCCGCACGGCGGUCACGCCCCCCACACCGGCCACGCCCAGCUGGCUGGCCACGCCCCUCUCACCGGACACGCCCCCGCCGGCACUGAUUACAUGCGCACUUCACAGAACCCCUCGCGUCAGGACUACUGCUCCGACUCCUACGCAUCCGUUCACAAGCCCAAGAAGCGCAUGGAUCAGCACACGGAGUCUCCGUACCACGAGGUGAGCGGUCUGCCGGAGACGUACGCGGGUGGUGUGGGCGGGGCGGAGGGCGAGGAGGGCGGGGCUGAGGAGAAGCCGCCGCCGCUGUCUCUGAGCUACGACGAGUCUCUGGAGUCAGGCUACUCCACGCCCAACUCCCGCGCACGUCGCGUCAUACGAGAGAUCAUAGUAUGAACACACACGAGUUAUCAUCAUUACUGUAUACAAGGCUUUAUUAUAUUCAAUAUUAUGGAUGUUUCAAUACUGACUUUAUAAAGGGGGAAAAUAUCUCA